CGUACUGCUCCACCAUGCUGCAGCACUGCGAGGCGCUGGGCCGCGCCGUGCAGGUGGUUAACCUGGACCCGGCCGCCGAGUUCUUCAGCUAUCCCGUCAUGGCAGAUAUACGGGAGCUCAUAGAGGUGGAUGAUGUGAUGGAAGAUGAUUCCUUGCGGUUUGGUCCCAAUGGUGGCCUGGUGUUCUGCAUGGAGUACUUUGCCAAUAACUUCAACUGGCUGGAGGAGAGCCUCGGGCACAUGGAGGAUGAUUAUAUACUGUUUGACUGCCCAGGUCAGAUUGAACUCUAUACACAUUUGCCAGUGAUGAAACAGCUGGUGGAACAGCUUCAGCAGUGGGAAUUCCGUGUCUGUGGAGUGUUUCUUGUCGAUUCGCAGUUCAUGGUGGAAUCUUUUAAGUUUAUAUCUGGAAUUCUGGCAGCACUCAGUGCAAUGAUCUCUUUAGAGAUUCCACAGAUUAACAUCAUGACUAAAAUGGAUUUGCUGAGCAAGAAAGCUAAGAAGGAAAUAGAAAAGUACUUAGAUCCAGAUAUGUAUUCUAUGAUUGAAGAUUCUACUGAUAUAUUGAAAAGCAAAAUGUUUAAAAAACUGACUAAGUCCAUAUGUGGAUUGAUUGAUGACUAUGGUAUGGUUCGAUUUCUACCUUUCGAUCGCUCUGAUGAGGAAAGUAUAAACAUAGUUCUGCAGCACGUAGACACUACCAUCCAGUAUGGAGAAGAUCUUGAGUUUAAAGAACCGAAGGAACAUGAAGAAGAUAAAUCUGCACUUGUGGAUGAGUAUUUUCAAGAUCACGUGAAUGAGUAAAAAGCAAAUGCUGGAAAAGAGGAAGAAAAUACAUUGCUUGUGUGUUUUAAAGGAAACAAAGACAUUCCCUUCCACACAAACAUAUUUAUUUGAUGUUUUGCCUUUAAGAUAACUAACAUUUCUAGUGAAAAGUGAGCUAUAUGACAGUUUAUAUGAUGGAAUAUAGUGAUCUAUAUUACUGUUUAUAGUUCUUUUGUAAAUACAGAAUGUUCCUGGAUUCUCAA